AUGGUGAGACUCAUACAUAACGUAAGGAGUCUAUUUUCUAUUAAUUCACACAGGUUUCCAAGAAUUGUAUCGCGACGGCUAAACAGUUCAGACGCGUCAGACAAAAAUAUAGAUGUGUCAAAGAUCCGAAACUUCAGUAUCGUCGCUCAUGUUGAUCACGGUAAAAGCACUUUAGCAGACAGACUACUUGAAAUAACUGGGAUUAUAAAACCUGGAGCUGAACAUGCACAGGUCUUGGAUCAAUUGCAAGUGGAAAGAGAAAGAGGGAUCACAGUAAAAGCUGUUACUGCUUCUCUAAACUAUACAUACAAUAAUGAGAAGUACUUGCUCAAUCUCAUAGAUACGCCAGGGCAUGUUGAUUUCUCCAAUGAGGUGGUUCGAAGUAUAACAGCUUGUCAAGGAGUGAUAAUGUUAGUAGAUGCAAAUGAAGGAGUACAAGCACAAACAGUAGCCGUGUACUCAUUGGCUAAAAGAAACAACCUCCUUAUAAUACCUACUUUAAACAAGGUGGAUUUACCUAGAGCUGACCCUGAGAAGGUCAAAUCACAAUUACAAUCUCUAUUUAAAAUAGAACCAGAAAGUGUACUAAGUAUAUCAGCCAAAAAAGGUUGGGGGGUCAAAGAGUUGUUGGAAGCUGUUAUCACCAGGAUUCCCCCACCUACAGUAGACACUAAGGGUCAUUUUAGAGCGCACAUAAUUGAUACUUGGCAUGAUAAGUACAGAGGAGUGCUCUGUUUGGCUUAUAUUCAUUCUGGUAAAGUUAAAGUUGGUCAAGCAGUCAAGUGGAAGUCUGAUUCUAAGCCCCAAAUGGUAAAAUUUUUAGCUAUGUUGAGACCAAAUGAGGAGCCUAUUGAAGAGGCUGUGGCUGGUCAAGUUGUCAUGGUAGGCUGUGGUCCAAAAGGUGGCGGCAGUGUCGGCGAUCAGUUAUUGGCCAAGGAAUUAGACGACAGUGACUCUCGGUCGGCAGUCCCACCAGUGAAACACAUGGUGUAUGCAGGCAUCUUCCCAGCUGACCAAUCACAACACCCACAACUGAGUGACUCUAUAAAGAAACUGGCUUUAAAUGAUUCUGCUGUUACUGUUACUCCUGAUUCUAGUCCAGCUUUGGGUCAAGGUUGGCGGAUUGGUUUCUUAGGACUAUUGCACCUUGAAGUGUUUACACAACGUCUACUACAAGAAUACAAAGCCGAAGCCAUAUUAACUGCGCCCUCUGUCCCUUAUAAAGUGAAAGUAAAAGGAACAAAAGCAAUAAAACAAUACAAAGGUACUGAAGUUAUUGUUACGAAUCCUUUACUGUUGCCCGACGUUAAUAACAUUGAAGAAUACUAUGAACCAUUUGUAAUAGGUACAAUAAUAACUCCCGUGGAGUACCUAGGAGCAGUGACGUCUCUAUGCAUAGACCGUCGCGGCACACCCCUGCCCUCAAACGCAGUGGACGACAGAAUGACAAUGUUGCAGUAUAUUCUACCCCUGUCUGAAGUCGUCAUUGAUUUCCACGACACGCUCAAAAGUAUCACUUCAGGAUUCGCCAGUUUUGACUACCAGGAUUAUGGAUUCCAUCCCAGUGCGCUAGUUAGGAUGGACAUCCUAAUCAACGGCGUGUUAGUGGACGAGUUAUCUACAAUAGUUCAUACUAGUCGAUUAGAGUACAACGCAAGGAGGCUUACUGAGAAACUCAAGGAAAUGAUUCCAAGGCAGAUGGUACAGGUCGCCAUUCAAGCAGUUGUUGGUGGUAAGGUGUUUGCUAGAGAAACAUUGAAAGCAUACAGGAAGGAUGUUACAGCUAAACUGUACGGUGGUGACGUCACUCGCAGGAAAAAGUUACUGAAACAGCAAGCGGAAGGAAAGAAAAAGAUGCGCAGCGUUGCCAACAUUAGAAUACCAAGGGAUACCUUCAUAGAUGUAUUGAAAAGAUAA